CACUCAUGUUUCUCUGUUGUCCUACGUAGGAAAGAUGGCGGCGGUACAAGUCGCCGGCUCUGCUGGGCGCGAAGUGCCACGAGAGCCACCUCCAGAGCGCAGCAGUGGAUUUCGCUGCUUGUCGGCCAGGCUCUGCGCCCUGCGCCCGGAUGACAGCAGCUCCGCCCGGACCGAGAUCCACCUGCUGUUCGACCAGCUCAUCUCUGAGAACUACAGCGAGGGCGGCGGCGUGGCUCCGGAGGAUGUCUGUACUCUUCUUGUCCAAGCUUGCCGACUGGUACCUUUUAAUCAGAAUCAUCUUGUCAGCAAAGUGUCUCAACUUAUCCACCAUUUACUUAACAGAUUACAGGUCAUUGUGGAUGAACGGAACCUGGCUUUCCUGCUGGGGUAUGCUAUUUCUGCUCUUCAGCAGUGUAGUUCCUGGACACACGUGGAAAUCCUUCAAGCCCUGGCAGCUCUGGUUUACUGCAAUGGCUCAAAAUGUCAAAAGUACCUCCCAGACUUGCUGGGCAAGAGCGGGAUUUUGAUGACGUUGAGUGACUUGGCUCAGCCCGACCCUGAAGUCAGGAGAGCUGCCGUGCACUGUAUGGCAAACUUGUGUCUCAGUGUGCCGGGACAGCCAUACUUGGAGGAGCCCUACCCAAAUAUCUGCUUCCAGGCUUUCUUGACCACUUUACAGUCUCCAAAAUCAUCUGAUAUGGAUGACAUCACGUUUUGCAUGUUGUUACAAAAUGCAUUAAAAGGUAUACAGUCUCUUCUAAAUGGGGGCAAGAUGAAACUAACACAGACUGAGGAACUUGGAGCUCUUCUGGCUGUGCUAAAGAAAUCUAUGUUUCAUGGACUCCCGGGACUAAACAUAGAGCUGCCCACGGUGUUAUACCCGACUCUACUUCCUCAGUACGACGGGCGACCACCUGUCAAACCACAGCAACCUGAAUCCAGCACUUCCCGACCAACUCUGAAUAAAAAGAAAAAAUCAAAAGUCAAAUCGAAGAAAAUCCAGCAAGAAGAAGAGGAAGAGGAAGAAUCCAGUGGUGAAAGAGGGGUAGCCCCCGUCGCUGGCUCAGGCAGAGAGCUCCUGCGUGAGGGGAACACUCCCUCUUCCUCGACCCUGGGAGGCCAGAGUUUGCCCGUAGAGGGAGAUGGCGCUGCAGGGAAAGACCUGUUCUCCCCGCCCAUCCGUUCUGCCAGCUGGAAAAGGGUCAGCAGUAGUGAGUCUGACUACUCCGACGCAGAGGGAGGCAUGCCGAGUAAAAUGAGGUCUUACCAAGCCAAAGUUCGCCAAGGAGCAUUAGCUUGUUUUCUUUCUACUAUAAAAUCUAUAGAAAAAAAAGUUCUUUAUGGCUACUGGUCAGCCUUUGUUCCCGAUACACCUGAGCUUGGCAGCCCUCAGUCCGUGUCCUUGAUGACUCUUACAUUAAAAGAUCCUUCUCCGAAGACACGUGCCUGUGCUCUGCAAGUUCUAUCUGCCAUCUUGGAAGGCUCAAAGCAGUUUCUUUCUGUUGCUGAAGAUACCAGUGACCAUCGAAGGGCUUUCACUCCCUUCUCUGUGAUGAUUGCAUCCAGCAUUAGAGAAUUGCACCGAUGUCUUCUGUUAGCGCUGGUGGCCGAGUCGUCCUCACAGACCCUUACUCAAAUAAUUAAGUGCCUUGCAAAUUUAGUAUCAAAUUCACCAUAUAACCGUCUGAAACUCAGCCUGUUGACCAAAGUCUGGAACCAGAUAAAGCCUUAUAUUCGCCACAAAGAUGUGAAUGUUCGCGUGUCAAGCCUCACUCUCUUGGGAGCCAUCGUGUCCACUCACGCACCUUUACCUGAAGUCCAGUUGCUCUUACAACAGCCCUGUUCUUCCGGACUCAGCAGUAGCAAUUCAGUGACUCCCCACCUCGGCACUCCUGAUCGGUGCAAGAAAGCCCCCCCAGGACCCUUUCUGGAGGAAGCAUCAGUUAGCUCCCCAAGGGGGUCUUCAGAGCCCUGCUGGCUCAUCCGACUCUGCAUUUCCACUGUUGUGCUGCCCAAGGAGGAUUCCUGUUCGGGUAGCGAUGCUGGCUCUGCAGGAGGAAGCACUUACGAACCAUCCCCCAUGCGGCUGGAGGCCUUACAGGUGUUGGCUCAUCUGGCCAGAGGUUACUUUUCAAUGGCUCAAGUGUACUUGAUGGAGCUUGGAGAGGUGAUUUGCAAGUGCAUGGGGGAAGCAGAUGCGUCCAUUCAGCUUCAUGGAGCAAAGCUUUUGGAAGAGCUGGGCACAGGCUUAAUUCAACAGUAUAAACCGGACUCUACCGUGCCGUCUGAUCAGAGAGCACCAGUCACCGUGGUGGUGACGUUCUGGACUAUGAUGCUGAACGGCCCUCUGCCCAGAGCCCUGCAGAAUUCCGAGCACCCGACUCUGCAGGCGAGCGCCUGCGAUGCCCUGUCUUCCAUCCUGCCCGAAGCCUUCAGCAGCCUGCCGAGUGACAGGCAGAUCCUGUGCCUCACCAUGCUGCUCGGGCUGAACGACAGCAAGAACCGAUUAGUGAAAGCGGCGACCUCACGGGCCCUUGGAGUCUAUGUGCUUUUCCCCUGUCUCAGACAGGAUGUCAUCUUUGUUGCAGACACAGCAAAUGCAAUAUUGAUGUCACUUCAAGACAAAUCUCUGAAUGUCCGGGCCAAAGCAGCCUGGUCCCUGGGCAACCUGACAGAUACUCUGAUUGUCAACAUGGAGACACCAGACCCCAGCUUCCAGGAAGAGUUCUCUGGUCUCCUGCUCCUAAAGAUGUUGCGAUCAGCGAUAGAAGCAUCCAGGGAUAAAGACAAGGUAAAAAGCAAUGCAGUCCGGGCCCUUGGAAAUUUGCUUCAUUUUUUGCAGCCAUCUCAUAUAGAAAAGCCCAGGUUUGCUGAAAUCAUUGAGGAGGCCAUCCAGGCCCUAAUUUCUACUGUUCUAAUUGAGGCUGCCAUGAAAGUCCGGUGGAAUGCCUGUUAUGCAAUGGGGAAUGUAUUUAAAAAUCCUGCUCUUCCGUUAGGAACAGCCCCAUGGACCUCCCAGGCCUACAAUGCCCUGACAUCGGUUGUAACAUCAUGCAAGAAUUUCAAAGUGCGCAUCAGAUCCGCCACUGCCCUUUCCAUCCCGAGCAAGAGAGAGCACUAUGGCUCUGUUGACCAGUAUGCUCAGAUCUGGAACGCAUUGGUCACUGCCUUACAGAAGAGUGAAGACACCACAGACUUUCUGGAAUUCAAGUACUGUGCCAGCCUACGGACCCAGAUCUGCCAGGCACUCAUUCACCUCCUGAGCUUGGCCAGCGCCUCCGACCUGCCCUGCAUCCGAGAAACUCUUGAAUUGAAUGGGGACAUGGUGCAGUCAUUUAUCCUACAGUUUCUAAAAUCAGGAGCAGAGGGAGAGGACCCUGGAGCACCCCACAGCUCGCAUGAAAGAGGCCAGCUGGUCAGAAGGGCCCUGGAGCACGUAAGCAGUAUCCAGGCACUGACCAGCGACACAGCCAAAAGGGCCAUCAUGGGCUUUUUAGAAGAUCUCCUCACCAUUUAUUUUGACUCGUCUGGAUCCCAAGAAGUGAUCCCAGAAUUAGCAAGUCGGGGAAUAGUCUGCCGCACUUCUAAGUGUUAGGUGGUAAUAGAAAGACAUAGGCUUGCCUACUAGAUAUGCAGGAUUUAAUUUUAGGGGCAGAAACAACCUGUUCACCUUUAUUUAGAAUAGGUUAGCAUCUCUUGAAAUUUUUCCUUGAAGGGCUCAGCCACCUCAGAGAGUGGUUCCAUGGCACGGGCCACGGUACAGGCUGCUGGAGCCUCUGACCUGUGCGGCGGGAGCCCGGAGACAGGGUUGAAUGCGGAUGGAGCAGGUCGGGUGGUCAUGAAGGGCAUUUAGCCUCACAAGGUAGAAACAAAAAACAAAGGAAUUUAGAGAUUAGGAUGUUGUGUCUUGUGUCUCCGGGAAUUGUUUUGCUUUUAUAAUAAACUAAUGAAAAA